GAAUCAGUCCAUCCUCCAUCAACUCCGAGUGUACAAAAGCUAAGAAUCAGAAGAACAUGGUACCUGAUUAUGCGCGAGCAGCUGUCGUGCCAUCUUCGAAUCCCAUCAGCUAUGCAGGCAGCUCGCGACCGGACAUCCCCAGCCGGCCAUGGAGGUUUCUCUGGCUUCAACAGCGAGUCCCAGUCAGAUCCUGGGUUCUCUUGGACUUCUACCUAUACACCUCGUUCCCGUAUGGUCAACAGGAAGGCCAGGAGCUCAAUAUCAUUCCGGGAAAGAGUCGCUGCAAUUUUAGGGUCAUGCGCAAACUGCUUCACUCCUCGACCUGAAGUCAAGAAAGCACAUGAGAAUCCUCCGAUCGAGGCCCACGAUGUGUCUGCUAGUCCCAUCUCCAGAAUUUCAUCGACAAGUAGCACAAGCAAUAAUAUACAUAAUAUAUCCCGGCAGAGAGGUGACAGCAGCCAAACAAAGUCCUGGCAAGAGCAGUUCUCGUUUCAGGAAAUUUGCCAGGCUACUUCAAACUUUAGUGAACAAAACAAAAUUGGUUUAGGUAAUUUUGGCACGGUGUAUAAGGCGAAACUCAGGGAUGGAUCCAUCAUAGCUGUAAAGAGGGCUACUAAGAUGCAUGGUGGGCAUCUAUCUGAAGAGUUCAGAAGUGAGAUCCAGAGCCUGUCAAAGGUCGAGCAUUUGAACUUGGUAAAGUUUCUUGGGUAUGUGGAAUACGAGGAUGAACGCUUAAUUCUGGUUGAGUACGUCAAUAAUGGAACACUCCGUCAACACUUGGAUGGAUCAAAAGGGGAACCAUUGGAAUUUGCACAGCGUCUCAACAUUGCUAUUGAUAUAGUUCAUGCCAUUGCCUACUUGCACGGAUAUACAGAGCACCUGCGAGCAAAGGUUGCCGAUUUUGGCUUCGCGCGCCUAGCCCCCGAAAACCCUGAAGCGACCCACGUGUCAACGCUAGUAAAGGGAACGGCCGGAUACGUGGACCCUGAGUACCUGCGCACAAGCCAGCUCACCGACCGCAGCGACGUCUACUCCUUCGGCGUCCUCCUCGUCGAGCUCGUCACCGGCCGACGCCCUAUCGAGCGUGGCCGCGGCCGCGGGCGCCACCAACGCCUCACCACCGAAUGGGCGCUGCGCAAGUGCAGGGAGGGCUUCGCAGUGGUGGUGAUGGACCCCCGGAUGCGGCGGACCAGCGCUGUCGUGGCGGCGGUGGAGAAGGUGAUGGUGCUGGCAGCCGAGUGCACGGCUCCGGAUCGCGCCGCGCGUCCAGCAAUGCGGCGCUGCGCCGAGUUGCUCUGGUCCGUGAGACGCGACUUGCAGCAGGAGCAGCAGCGCGCGUCGGCCGCGAGCGCAGGAGCGAGGCGGCACGAUGGCUCCACGUACGCGCCGCCGUCGGUUACGAGUCUGAGGCAGGACAGGUUCCAGAACUUGAGAUGAUCUGCUGCACGUGCACAAUGUUGAGGACUUGAGGGGGAACACGAUAUAGAUUUGAAAAUGGUGCGGCUGCGGAGUGCUCCCUAGUCUCCCUUCGUAAAAAAAAUGUCUUCUCGUUUUACAAUGAGAAUGAAUUACAAAAAUAUAUAACAAUAUAUAUAUAUAUUAAUACUUAUUUCUCUAUUAUUAUAAUA